AUUCAUUACAACAAAAAUCUGAUGAUAAAGAAUGGGAUGAUACACGUCGUUGGAUUGAUGAACUUAAUUUAAAUACUUCAUUUAUUCCACAACAACAAAAUCGUGGUGUUGGUCCAAUAGGGAUGUCACGUGAUAGUCUUAGUGGUGGAACAAUAGGAGGUUCUAAUCUUCUACAAUCAAGUCAUAAUAGACGUGGACAACAUAUGCCAGCAUCACAAAUAGCUGGUAUUUCACAAGCAACACCAAUUGAAAUUGAUUUAAAAGCUAAAAUGGCUUCAAUUACAAUUCAACGUUGGUAUCGAAAAAUUCAAAUGAGACGUAAAAUGGCUGAAGCUGCAUUAAAAAGAGUACUUGAACAAAAAAAAAUUGAAUAUCAAGCAUCAAUAGAACGUACAAAAGAAUUAGAAAAAUUAACAUUACUUGAACAGAAAAAAACUCGAGAAGAUAAACAACGUCAAACACGAUUAACAGUACUUAAAGAAGCACAACAACGAAAAAAACAACAAUAUGAUAAUUCAAAUAAACUCGAUGAACGUCGUCCAUCAACACCUAAUUAUCGACCAUCAUCAAUUAAACAUCGAACAAAUCCUAAUUCAACACCACUUCCUCCAUCAACAUAUGUUGAUGAAAGAAUUACAUCGCCAAGUUCAACAACAACAACAUUUUCUUCAACAUCAAAAGUAACAUUAACUGAUGUUUAUGAUACAUUAAGAAAAUUACAAGAAGUCGAACGAUUUCCUAUUCAACCGACACUUGAAAAUGAUUCAGUCUAUUUAAUUGAUCCAACAUCAAUUUUGCCUGUUGUCGAUGAACCACCACCACAAGCUCCAAAUCGAGUUAAUUCAAUUUUAUCCUAUUUAGAUGAAGCUAAUCGAAAUGAUAUCAUUAUUGAAAGUGUUCGAUCACAAAAAUCGACAACACGUGAAACUUCAACACCAGCUACAGUUCGUUUUACUACUCCACCUCAAUCAACUCGACAACAACAACAAC